UGAAGAGCGCAUUCAGAACUUGCUUAUUUCUUUCCCAUCCUGUUUCUCCAUCUUUCCGUCAGGGUGUACUGAGGCAAGAAGAAAUAAUUGCAGUGUCAGGAAGGUCUUGGUCAACCCGGCAUUGCAACUCCUGUGGCCCCACUGGGUGUGGUCCAGACCCAUCCAUCUUUCCCCCCCAAACUCCAAGUCUUUUAGUAAAAAGAUGAAGGAUGAGAAGGAAAAGUGGAAUCACACGAGUAAGUUAGGCUAGCACGGGAAGGACUGCUCCCACGUGCCUGGAAUGAAUCAUGCAGUCUCCCAGCCUGUAAGCAGAGCCCCGGCCAGAAAGGCACCGUACUGACGAUCAGUCCUGGCACAACAGGGCUGACUGAUUUGUAGCUCUUCCGCCCUGGUCUGAAGCAAGUCAGCCAGUAAGAGGACAUGGAUUCGUGCAGAGAAGCCUCCUAUCGUGAGGACUAGCCUUGGGCACCCGAGGAUGGGAUGGUAGAAGGCUUCAGGGUUCCUGGCUAGGGAAAUAGCUGCUGUGAGUAUUGGCUUUGGGCUGGGGAGACUCUCGGGCCUGGAGAAAAGCACUGGAAUAAAAUACUUUUAUUCUAAGUAGGGAGGUAGAGUGUUAAGUCCUGAAUUGGGUUCCAGUGCAGAAGGUUCUCCGGAUCUCUGCCCUUCUUGAACCCUGUCCUAGUGUGAUUACCAUUCAGUAAUCUGUUUCCACCUCCCACUUCUCAGAUAGUUCAUUGGUUUGCAAACAGGAACAGAAAUUUUGGAGAAAGUAGAACUUCGAAGAGGCCAUUGAGGAGCACAAAAACAUGGUUAAAGAGGAUCCUGGCUCAGCUCCGGCGCCAUCCACUGUGGUUUACAUCAACAGUGACACUAUCCAGCCGGAUUAUGUCGCCUGGUCCACAUUCAGCACAAUUUUCCUGAACAGCUGCUGCCUGGGUUUCAUUGCCUAUGUCUACUCUGUGAAGUCCAGGGACAGGAAGAUGGUGGGCGACAUGAAUGGGGCCCAAACCUACGCUUCAACUGCCAAGAAACUGAACAUCAUUGCUGUGGUCAUCUCUGUCGUCUGCUUCAUCAUACUUAUCAUUUUAUACAGUGCAGGGAUAGCAAGCCUAUCCUAUAGCCGAUAUAAUUAGAACCUACUAGAUAGGUACUAACUAGUUAGUUAACUAAUUAUUAAUUAACUAAACUAGUACCUAAUUUAGUUCCUUUAGUACCUAUUAGAUAUAAGAGUAGGACUCCAUGAAGUAUGUGUUCUUGAUAUCAGAGUCAAUGGUCUAAAUUUUCCCAUGCACUGUCUUCGUGAAGAAAGUGUGCAUGUACACCCCCUUCAUAGAUGCCCCUUAUCCUGGUCAGAGGCCUUGACCUGUCAGUUUACCUUCCCACAUCUGUUUGUUCUCAGUGGAUUCAAUAAAGUGCAUGUAGUAGCC